CUGCUGGCAAAACCUCAACUUCCCCACUACCACCUUCUUCUCCACAAUACUUAGCCCUCUGUUUUUAGCAGAUCCUACUCACCUUCUGUACCAACAAACACCGUCACCAUGUCGGAAGUCACCUUCGUUAAAACCUUCCUCUCAGCGCUGGACUCCCGCCCCAUCAAGCUCCGCGCAGACUAUGUCCUGGAUGACGAGCAAGUCGGACCUCGAGUCCCUUACCUCCUCCCCCGCCUCCAAGCCCCUCACCCGGAAAUGCCCAAAAAAGUGAAGCCCACCAUCGCCCCCGGCUCCUCGAAAUCCAUAACCGUCCACCUGAAAUCGGCGCGGAACCCCGCUCUCGAAUUCUCUCUCCCUAACGCCCCCAUCUCCACAACCUCCGUUCAGGAUCUCAAGGACGCAGUCCGGGACCGUGUGGCCGACGCCCAGGACAACAAGAUCUCCUUGGAGAAGAUCAAGAUCUUGUAUAAGCGCAAGCCUGUGACGGGGAAGACGAUCGCGGAGGUGCUGUCCGAUGAGCCGGGGAUGUUGGCGGGCGGGAGGGAGGUGGAGUUUGGAGUGAUGAUUAUGGGGGGUGCGAAGGUUGUUGAUACUGGUGCGGAUCAGGAGAAGGAAGGGAGUGGAGAGACGGGAGGUUCUCCUACGCCUAAGGCGGCGGUGGGACCGAGUGGUGAGGAGGUGUUGCAGACGGAGGCGUUCUGGGAUGAUUUGCAGGGAUACCUAGAACAGAGGGUUAAGGAUACGGAGGAGGCGAAGAAGUUGAGGGAGUUGUUUAAGGGGGCUUGGGUGGCGAGGGGGUGAUUGAGAGAGUAGUGUGUUUUCUUGCUAUAACAAUAAUACUUGGGGUGGUGGGUGUGUAAGUAUGUAUGUCUGUAUGUGAUACCUUCUAUUGG